GAGAGGAAGGCACAUCUAGAAAUCAUAUCAACGGGUAGUCUUAACUUUCUCUGGGGCCCCCAUCCUUUUGAAGAGAAAGCUUUUGCCGCACAUUUACUAGAUUAACGUAGCCUGUUCUUUUUGUUUGUUCUACCGGUAAAAAUCAAGAUAAGAUCGUCGAUGAUUUUUUUGUUUGUUGUUAAACUGGAUAUUCAAACACUGGUAUGGUGGCGCGCGCUUUGAGGUGUUUCUUUUUCGGUUCUGUGUGACUUCCUGGUGCUACAGAGAGAGGCAGUGCUGAGUUAAAAAGACAGAAACACAAACAGCAUUUUAGAAAGGAAAAAUAUAGAGUGGGAAGCAGGAGCGAGAGAGAGGAGCAGUUGGCUGGCUUCCAGAUUCAGCCCCGCUCCACUCUUUGCAUAUUUAUGAAAUUAAUGUAUAUUUUUAUUCUAUUUAUGAUGCACAUAUUUAUUAGAAUCGACUGAAUCUACUGGAUUGGGUUUGACAAGGGGUUAAAACGAAAUUGUAACGGGAAGGUUUUUCUCUGAGCGACGGAGAAGUGGCGCACGGAUUUAUCGCCCCAUUUGUUCUCAUUUUAUAUUGAAAGAAGGAUUUAUAUUAGCUGUUAUUUUAUACUUUCUGUUUACGAGAAGAGGUCAGCGGAAGAUGGGUUGUUUGGGCAACAGCAAGACUGAAGAUCAACGCAUCGAUGAAAAGGCACAAAGAGAAGCGAAUAAAAAAAUAGAGAAACAAUUACAAAAGGAAAGACAAGCAUAUAAAGCCACACAUCGACUGCUUUUAUUGGGGGCUGGAGAGUCUGGGAAAAGCACGAUUGUCAAGCAGAUGCGGAUUCUGCACGUCAAUGGCUUUAACGCAGAAGAAAAAAAACAGAAGGUUCUGGACAUCCGGAAAAAUGUGAAGGAUGCCAUUGUGACGGUAGUUUCGGCGAUGAGCACGUUAAUACCCCCAGUUCCAAUAGGUAACCCAGCGAACGAGUCCAGAAUUGACUACAUCAAAAGUAUAGCACCUCUCUCGGACUUCGACUACACAGAGGAGUUCUUUGAGCAUGCCAAGCAGCUGUGGGACGAUGAAGGCGUGAAGGCUUGCUUCGAGCGCUCCAACGAGUACCAGCUCAUCGACUGCGCACAGUACUUCUUGAACAAAAUUGAGUCUGUGAGGUCGAAUGACUACACACCAACAGAUCAGGACUUGCUUCGCUGCCGAGUUUUGACUUCAGGUAUUUUUGAAACAAGAUUUCAAGUCGACAAAGUGAACUUUCAUAUGUUUGAUGUAGGCGGCCAGAGAGACGAGAGGAGAAAAUGGAUCCAGUGCUUUAACGACGUGACGGCCAUCAUCUUUGUGGCGGCAAGCAGCAGUUAUAACAUGGUUAUAAGGGAAGACAACAGCACCAACAGACUCCGGGAAUCACUGGAUCUCUUCAAGAGCAUCUGGAAUAACAGGUUUCUACGGACCAUUUCAGUCAUCCUGUUCUUGAACAAGCAGGACAUGUUGGCUGACAAGAUCUUAGCAGGGAAAUCCAAACUUGAAGACUACUUCCCUGAGUAUGUUCGCUAUACAGUACCGGCUGAAGGUUCACACACUCCAGAAACGAAGCAUCGUUGUUGUUGCUUCACAGUGAAGGACUCCCAAACCGAUCCUCAAGAUGUAUUCAAAGCCGUUCCAGACCCUGGAGAGGACCCUAAAGUGACCCGGGCCAAAUUUUUCAUCCGAGAUGAGUUCCUUAGGAUCAGCACGGCGAGCGGCGACGGAAAACACUACUGCUACCCCCACUUCACCUGCGCCGUGGACACGGAGAACAUCCGCCGCGUCUUCAACGACUGCCGAGACAUCAUCCAGAGGAUGCACCUGCGUCAAUACGAACUCUUGUGAUUGGUUGCAGCCCACCAUCCAGUCAGCACUCUGCCAAUCCCGGCGCAGUUUGAUUCCACUCCCAAAACACAAGGCCCUGUUACCAGGAGAACUACUGAAGCAUCACAAUGCUGUCAUUUUGUUUGCCAUUGUUGUUGUUUUCUAUUUACUUUUCUCCUUCCUUUUGUUAUUUUAUCUAUGGCCCAUCUUGACUUUAUUUUGUAGGUCUAAGCAGGGAUGGGACAUUGUGUGUGUGCCUCAUCUUUUAUUUCCAAUGCCUUUAUUCUGUUCAUUCCACUAAGCCUUUUGUUUGUUUUUGUUUGAAACUAGUCUUCUUCUUCUGUCAUUUCUGUUGUUUUGAUCUGGACCAGCUGAAGUUGUUAUGAGGGUGUGUGAGAGUUGAGGGAUCUGAUGGACUCCUGUGAAUGCUGGUUCCUCCCAACACCUCUCUCUCUCUCGUACUUGAUGAAGGGGUGGGCAGCAGAAGUAUCAGGUAACUUAAUGCCGUCAAGGAAGUAUACACAUGAUGUAGCACCGUGAUAUUUAUUACUCUGUCACUUUUUUGUUUAUUUUGUAUAAUUUUAUUGCAGGAUGAUGGAGAGCGAGGCUUUCAGGCUGUAGAUUUAGCAUAGAGGGGGUGGGGCUUGUGGGAGAAUAGGAGGAUGCUGGGAGUUUGAGUCCUAUGCACCUCUGGCCGUAGGAGCAGCAGCAGCUUUCUGCCACGUGUCUAGAUGGAAAGAGAAAUACCACACUCACUUUGAUUUGCCCACAGACGGUCCUUUUUACUUAGAUCCUCUUGGGCAAGAGUUCUAUCUAUAUAUAUAUAUAGAUUUGUUUUUGUUGAUUAUCUUGUACAGACUGCAAAAUGUAAUGUUAUUUUGUACAACUUUAUUGAGAAAAAAACUACUUGUAGAAGAUCUUUGUGCCUUGAUAAUGGCUGUACCUGUAAAUUGAGCUCUGAUGUAUGUUGUUGACUGCGCUGUACAGCUUGAUGUCAAACUCUAUCUGACAGUAGAGACUGCAGGUAGGGCGUCUCUCUCUCUCUGUAGAGGUAAAUUUUUCUGGUUUAUAAAAAAGGAAAAUGUUCUUUAGUAGAAAAAAGGAGGAAAAAUUUGCCAGGGGUUAAAAAAAAAAAAACACACGGAAAUCCUGUAUACAUUAUGCAAAUUAACCACUUACCUACCGCAGUGACCAGGUCGCAGCCAGAGACAUUGCCUUCAUCCUCCUUCGUUUUGACGGUGAUCAUUUCAAUUUUUGUUUCUGAUUCUCAGCUUUAAUACAUUACAAGAUCAAUUGACGUGUCCAAAUCACAACCUGGCGUUGUUUUACUACAGUAGGAAGCAACUUUUUAGAUAUGAAGUGUGUAUGAGAUGUAUACAUACGCGUGCCAGUAAAUGUGUGUGUGUGUGUGUGUGUGUGCUUCGAAGCAUGCAUGUACUGUAAAACAUAUACACACAUGCACUCAUGCAUUGUAUAUGUACAUUGUACAUAUACAUUUUAUAUUCAUAUAUAUGUACAUAUACAUUUAUAAAGAUAUACAUAUAUUCUAUAAAUCUAUAUGUACAAUUAUACAUAGUAAUGUGUGUGCCUAUGUGUAUACAUAUUUAUGAAUGUCUAGAACGUAUGUAUGCAUACACAUGCAUAGGCAUCAACUUAUAUAGAAUGAGAGGAGAAAGUAGUGAUCAAGUCGGUCAUGGACAUGGAGAGCCCUUCACAUUGCCACAGGUGUGAACCCAGUUAGAUGGGCUGUUCUUUACACCGAACGGCAGCUUUCAAUGUGCAAGUCUAUUCUGAGAGCGAGGAGGCAGGAGUGAUACAUUUGUGUCAGGCCUUUAUGGAAUACGGAAAAAUAUUUUUAUUUUAAUAAAGAGGCACAUCAGAAUACUUUUUUUGGGGGGGUGGGGGGGUUGUCUAAACUGAAUAUGCGGGAAAAUAUGACAGAUUAUGUACACUUUGUAUAUGCAUAAAUUACAGUUAUAAGAAA